AGUAUGGCCAGUGAAAAGGGACUCGAUUCCCUCGAAUGUUGAACUGGAGCACCCCCGACUCAAUCACGAAACACGAUGUGAAGCAACCUGACGUGGCUGCACUGUUUGAGAAAAGGAUGGUUGUUCUUCAAAUUUUAUAUCCUCGAAAUUGGGAGGUUGAUUAUUGGAAGACCAAUUGUGAGGGUGAGGUCCCCACAGUGGAAAUGGGCUUGGAUGAGGUUGAAGAAACACAAGCUGGGGAGCAAGAUUCGACUGCAUUCGAGACCCAAGCAAGACGGGUGGCAGAGUAUGUGGAAAGUACAAAUAUUAUUCCACCAUCCUCACCCAAAACUGCACCAGACCCCUCCACAUCUACAACUGUGCCCCCAACCCCUGUCUCUGUGCCGCCAACCGCUGCUGCAGCCAAUGAGUAUGAGUACCUCUUAUUGGCUAAGAGAUUGGAGAAGGUAGAAGCGCAACAACUUGCGAUUCUCACUGCCCAGACUGAGAUGAAGGCUGACUUCAAGAGAUGUCAGAAAGAGAUGAAGAAUCUUAUCAUGGAUCAAAUUGCGACCGUGAUAAGUUUGUUACAGAAGCAGCCUUCGAAGCCGACACAACCAUCAGGGCCGGCACAUCAAUCAUCGCCAACACAUCCAUCAGCCACGGCAGAGCCAUUACAGACGAUACAUCUGUCACCGCUGAGAGAUGAUGAUGAUGAUGAUGAUGUCUACCCAGAAGAUUUGCAACCUGACGUAUGUGAGGUUCCUUCUACUCCUGCAAACGCCAUUGUGAUUUCCCUGGGUGAUACAGAAUCUCAGGAUGUGGAAGAGUUGCAGGGGCCACCAGCUGGGGUGGACUUCUGCAGGGUUAGGCGAAAGCGGAAGCCGGUUUUCUUGAAGGACUACACAGCUGGGAAGAAGAAACAACGACAUGGGCCCGUGGUAGUAGACACAGUGAAACCGGCGGACUCCCGACUGUUAAAAUUUUUCCAGAAGUGGAUCACUUACGCUAGGGACAACGGUCGUCCUAAGGAUGUUCACACUGGCGUAGCCACUCGAUCAUGGUUCGUCAAACUGAUGGUGCUGGGAGAAUGGCUCGACGAUGCUGGCGCACUUAUUGAGAAGAAGACGGACCCUGUACCCACAAGUCUACACUCGAAAAGGUGUAGUUUUGGACACAUCUGCUCCACAGAUAUUUGCCAUGUAUUGGAAUUUCUAUGAGGGUGACAAGAGCAAGAUGAAAUGGGAUGAGGUCGUUAUGAAUUACGUGCAGGGGAUAGAGCACAGGCACUUGCCAUGUUGGGAGAACCAGGAUUACAUAUACUUUGUUUUGAACCUUCCCAAAGAGCGCCACUGGGUGGCAGUUGAGGUGGAUAUUGACAACUGGGAGAUCAUUGUAUAUGAUUCUGAUAUCGGUGCCACCCCUGAGGAAGCCAUGAAGUCAUAUUUGAAGUCUUACAGCGAGCUAUUUGCGAAUCUAAUUCGAGCUAGCAGUUAUUUUCCAUACAACAAUUAUGUACAUCUGGUUGACUGCGGUGAUCUCAGUCAGCUCCUACCCCUACAUUAUACACGAGCUACCUCUAAGGUUGCACCAUAAACGGAGAGCAGUGGCGAUUGUGGAGUGUUUGCCAUGGAGUACAUUGAGCACUGCAUGCUCGACCGAUCGUUAGAGCUAGUUAAUGAUGAUAACAUGCUCACCUUUAGACAUAGGUGGUGUGUAGACUUAUUUUACCAGAACUUGACAUGGUAGUUUUAUGUAAUUUAUUCUUAUAUACGCAUCAACUUUUGCAAUUGUAUUAUAUUAUACCGUGAAAUGUGAAAUCGCUCAACUGUCGCACAUA